UGUAUUGUUUUGUUGAAAAAUGGCGGCAACUUGGAAGCUGUUGCCUGUUCAAAGAUUUCAGAAUUCAAAACUUCAAGAAGAAAUCAUCUGUUCUCCUAUACUUGCAGACUUUGCACGUAUUUUAACAUGUUCGCAAGACAAAAUUCUUGGAGUUGACCACAAAGACCUUCUUAACAUUGCAGUCGCAUUAUAUGGAAACAACUUACCAGAAAUGUCAGCAGAUACUUUGUUUCCAGUCUUAACAAAGAAAGGAGUCAAAACUUUAUUGAUACUCAAAGGAAAUCUAGCCGAAAACUUUUCAUGCUGUACUCGAUCUGCUACUAGUGGCAGAUAUAAUGACAAGGGAAAUAAUGGGAAGCAAGAUCUUUCAGAAUGUGGAAGCAAUGUCUUGGCAGAUAAAGAUGAAAGUGACCAAACACUUGGAGAGUUUUCUGAUAUAUUUAGCGAUAGUUCAGAUACUGAUGAAGCUUCUUCAGAGGAAAGUGACAAUGAUGCAGAUUUUUCUUCAGAGUUUGAGAAAUUUGUAGAAAAAGUGAGAGCUAGGAAAGACAAACCUGAUGAUGGUAAGAAAUUGUUUUACUGAGAUGCCUUUAUGUUUUACAGUAUAUUGUUUGCAAAUUUGACCAUCAAGCAUCUACAUGCUUUUAAGCAAAGUUAUGGAAAUCCAUCAUAGUUUAGAUUAGAAAAAUGCACUAUCUUACACUAAAGAAUAAAAUGCAGUGUUGUGAAGGCAAAUAUUUGAAAAUUUAAACCUUUUAGAUUAAACGUUUUGUCAGUUUCAAAGUAUUAUGUUAUAUAAUUUUUCUUUUAUAUUUCUAAUAUUAGUCAUUGAAAAUGUGCCCUUUUGAGUAGCUGCCCCUGCUGCCUCAAAAUGCUUCCGGCGCCCCUGGCUAUUGGCCCCCUGACCCGCUUCUGGCUUGCCUACAAGGCAGGCAGUGCAAUUUUUGGGUUGAAAAAAUGCUAACCCUGAACAUAAAUGAAAUUUUUCUUUGCCUUUUGAAGAAAUGUUGGGUACAGUUGGAUGUUCUUAUUAUAAUAAUAUGGAUGCCUUGACUAUGCUAUGCCCCAUGGAAAAAUUGCAUCCUGGUCAUGCAAGCUCAGAAUUGUAUCCAUUGCUAUUACUGGAUGGUAAUGUUGAAUCAUGCUCUUGUCAACGUGCCAGAAUUCGUUUAGAACGAAUCCUUACCUGCCCUAUCAGAUUGUGCUUUUAUUGUUGAUCCCUGGCUUAUUUCUAUUCAUGUAAGCUUGAGUUUGAU